CGUGAAUGCUCACACGGUACUCUAGCAUGAGACAAGAAGAGGUCAGAAUACUUUCGAAUGAGAGUAUUGUUUAAUUUCUCAGAUUCUCUGUAUAUAUAUAAAGGUAAGAGUCCAGUAGACACGAGAAGUCGAGAAGAACAAAGAAACAAAAUGGGUUGGCUAUGGGGAAGAAGAAUGGAUUCAAUCUCGGCGCCGGCGCCGCCGCCAUUCCCGUUGCUGGUUUUCUUCGUCCUCGCGACAUUCUUCCUCUGCUUGACCUCGUACUUCCACUUCAAGUCAAAGGUGGCGCGGACCAUCACCACUCUCAGGUUUCUUCUCUUCUUCGUUGUCCCCAUGCUCGUCCUUUUCCUGCUGUACAUCUUGACGGUUGCGCGCAGGUGGCGGCGGUGGUUUGAUUGGGAUUUCCCGGCCGGGGGUGCCGGGCCGCCGGCGAUGUACCGGCGCGGCGGGGAUGAGAGGAGGGAGUUCCCGUGGGGGUUGGCUUUGGCGGUGGUUCUGCUUCUUGUCAUGGUUCAUUUGCAGAUUUAUAUCCAGACCAGUUGGUUCCCGAUGAUAUGAUUAAUUACUCCGUAACUAGUUAAACACUCUUUAAUUACUCUUUUUUUUUUUUUGCGGCCAUCUUUAAUUACUCUUUCAUGUCAUUUCUCUGCCUCUUGAGUGCAUCAGAAAUUCAAUUUACUCGUUUUUUAUAGUGCUCGUUUAUUGGUUUUGUGUUGUUGCUAGUCAUGACUUGCUUUGACAUAAUAUUGAACUAACCUUUAGUUUCUUUCAUUUAACAAAAGUUAGGGUUGCACUUAAAUCAUAUCUGUACACAACUUUGUCACAAAUAAAUAGAUAUGACCUAC